AUGGAAGUAUUGUCAAGGCUACUGGCUGAGGCGUCUAUGGAUGUGGAACAGUUUAGGUUCCAUCCUAAGUGCAGUAAAUUGAAGCUCACCCACCUAUGUUUCGCAGAUGAUCUCCUUAUUUUCUCAGCAGCUGAGCUGAACUCUAUUCAGACCAUUAAUAGAGUCUUAGUUGAGUUUGAAGAACUUUCUGGUCUUAAAGCUAAUCCCUCCAAGAGUUCUUUCUUAUGUUCAGGGGUCCAUAAGAAUGAUAAGGCAGCUUUUUUGGAUGUGCUUCAAAUGCCGGAAGGUUCCCUGCCUGUCCAGUAUUUGGGAGUCCCUCUAAUUACUAAAAGGCUCUCGGCUUUUGAUUGUGAGGUUUUAGUUGCCAAUAUCUCAGGGAGGAUUGACUCUUGGCUGGUGAGAAAUCUGUCUUUUGCUGGCCGUUUACAGUUGAUUUCUUCUGUUCUUUUUAGUCUUCAAGUAUUUUGGGCUAGAAUUUCCAUUCUGCCUAAGAAGGUCAUCCGUAUACUUGAGCAGAAGUUUAAUCGUUUUCUGUGGUGUGGGAAAGAUUCAAAAGCCAAGGCUAAGGUGGCUUGGAAAAAGCUGUGGGAGGAGCUUGUGGAAUAUCUCCAUCCCCAAAGUUUGUUCUUGGAGCUGCAAAAGUUGCUCAAUCUCAAGGAAACUGCUAAGAAGUUCAUUAGCUUUAAAGUGGGUGAAGGUACAUCUCUCUCUCUCUGGUUUGAUCUCUGGCACCCAGCUGGUAGAUUGCUGGAUACUUAUGUCUUUCGUAUUGUUUAUGAUAUUGGAAGCAGUCUUGAUGCCCGACUUUCUUCUGUUAUCAAGGAUAGGAAAUGGUCAUGGCCGCCUGCUAGGUCGGAUACCUUUGUGGAAAUUCAGAAUGGGCUGUUUGAUGUUGAUAUUGGGGAUAGGGAUAUUUUGUUUUUGCAGAAGAAUAUGGAGAAAUUUGAUGUCUCUUUGUUUGAUUCAGAAUCCUUGUGUGGAAUGGGAUGA